GGUAUAUAAUCCUAUGCUGUCUGCCUAACCGACCUCUUAGACCUCUUAGACCUGACUUACCUACAUUAGGCACCUCGGCACCUUCAGGUACACACAGAAUACAUUACACAUAGGUGCAUGUAGGCAAACUCCAUCUCAAUGUCCGUGUUACCCGCUACAAAAUUAAGGCGACCUACCUGCGGGGGAGCUUGGCGGUGCUAGUACCUCCUAGCACUCUGAGUCCCUGGCCUGAGGGACUGGCCCACCCGAUGUGUAUGAGUACAGGUAGAGGGAGAUUUCUCUCUCUCUCUCUCUCUAGCUGUCUCUCAUCCUUCUGAGAAUGCCAUCCUUUCAGUAAUCGCCCGUGCAACCAGCUGGCUCUCUAGCACAGCAAUCACCUCUCAGCCGGACCGGUCCGACUUCGUGACUCUCUCGACGGCUAUGGUUUGUCCAAAUAAAACGGGGAUGGAUACACGGCAGCACCCAUAACGAACAAUGUGGGUGGUAAUAUUGCAUAUCGCAACGAGGAGAGGGGAGUACUGCAAUAUCCAGCUAGUCAGCUUAACAUUGGAAAUCCCACCUUCAUUUCAGCUGUCCAGAUUAUCCUCUGCUCGGAUUCAAUGGGCACCCAUAUAUAUAUAUACUAUACGGGUAUUAUAUACCUACUCGGUUCCCGGAUUCUCGCGUGCUCGUCUGCUAAUACCUAUGUGUAUUGCAAGUGUAGCGUACCUACGCAAGUAUGUCCAAACGUGGAAAUGGAUCCGUCACAUCUCAAGACAACACCACUCUCGGGGCACCUGCAGCACCUGUCCCAGCGCUGUCUUGAAACUAGCCAGGGCCGAUAUCCUCGCGGCCACCAAUUGGCACGCCAGCUGCCUCGGGUACCUGGCAGCGAUGAGGCCAGCCUCAUCUGCCCUUGUCGGAAUCUCCACGUUCACUCGCACUGCCGAAACCCAAGUGACAAUAACCUGGUAAGCCCUACCUACGUGUACACUACCUACAUGGGCAGGCUCGCUAAGGGUGUGUUCAAAACCCUCUCGCUCUCAAUCUCGCGCGCUCCCCUGGCCAUAGGUGUGACGUAUGUCUCGAUGAGGUGUGGCUAUCCCCCAUAUUGGAUUGCCGGGAGGCUUGGGUGGACGAGGUGGCCAGUUGCCAUGCCCUCACGCUGAGGCAGCAAAACCGGCCAGCGGGGGAAUCGAGGAUGCCAGCGUAACCAUAAAACAGCGCGUUGCAGCAGACAAACUGGCCACUCCCGAAGGGCAAAAGGCAGGCCAUUUAUCAGACGUACAUGCUGCAUUGUGUGCCUAGUAGAUGCUGUAGAACGCCUGCUCUAACGCUUAUUAGUGGCAUCCUGUCGGUUUCACCUAUUUUAAACGCAGUACAUGCGCGUAGGUCGGCGGGAUUGGAGACACGAGCAGAUGAAGUUCCCAUUUAUAGCGCGGAUGAGAAAAUUGCGGCCAUCAGAACCCAAGGAAACCCAAGGAAACCGGCGGCGCGAGAUAGAAGACAAUCCAAGCCACCGGAAGGCCCAUCGUGGGGGCCUAAGCUAAGCUGUGCUUCUGCC